UCAGUGCGUCUGGUCAACGGCACUAAUCCAUUAAGCGGGCGCGUGGAAAUUUAUUUACAUAAUAACUGGGCCGCCGUGUGCCUUCGCAAAACAUCUCUAAAUGAUAUGAGAGUUAUUUGUAAACAAUUGGGUUACACUUUCGCAAAUGCAUUUCCCACACCUGUAUUUGGUCAAAGUGCCUCAAAUGCUGCCUCGUAUCAACUUAAUUGUAAAGGUAAUGAAAAUUCAGUUAAAGAUUGCGCGUACCGAGUUCUGGCAGUACAUGGACGUGACAGAUGUGGACAUUCUUUUGACUUAACUCUAUCUUGUUCAGGUAAGAAGCAAGAUACUAAUGUAAUCUGCCGGCAACUGGGUUAUGUUACAUCUCUUUCAUUAGAAUGUUGCAGGGAUAUUCGUCUUCUCAAUGGCGCUAAUACUACCGAAGGCCGAGUAGAAAUUUAUCAUAACAAGCAAUGGGGAACAUUAUGUAGUAAAUUAGUAACUGUUAACGAUGGGAUGGUUCUCUGCCGUCAAUUAAAUCUUACAUUUUCUAAGUUUAUGCCCGAUGCAUAUUUUGGUAAAGGCAGUAACACUGUCGUUUUGUCGACUAACUGUAGUGGCAAUGAGCCGAAUGUUAGAAUUUGCAAUAUCCAACCGGUUAAUAUUGAGAAAUCUGAUUGUUCUCAUGCCAAUGAUGUCAGCAUAUUAUGCAGCAUCUGUACUCCGCCACAACCUUCGAUUCUAGAUGAUCCAUGUUACUCAUCUCCAUGUCCAAGAGGCACAUUAAUUCAUGGAAAGCCGCUAAAAUUAAUCGGUGGACCCAACAAGUAUACUGGAAACUUAGCAAUCUUUUACAAUGGUACCUGGGGCUCCGUUUGCGACGACUAUUUCGAUCUGAAAGCAGCUGAUGUUGCAUGCAGACAGCUUGGAUUUACUAAAGUCCGCAAGUACUACUGCUGCUCAAGAUAUAAUUCAAACAUAACCAAAUAUUGGCUAGAUGAUGUCAAAUGUGUUGGUAAUGAAAGUUUUCUAUCCAAUUGUCAACAUAGACGAUGGGGAUAUCAUAAUUGCAUCAGUGAUGAGGAAGCUGGUGUGGAAUGCGAAGGUAAUUGGUGCUCUGCAAAUUUAUGCCCUAAAUCUUACUAUUGUCAAUGUCCCAAUGGAUACUAUGGUGAUAAUUGCCAAUUUGUAGCAGUAUCAAAUGGGGCAAUUCGAAUAAAUGGCAGUAGCAAAUUCGCUGGAAUAGGUUUUGUGGAAAUUUACCAAAAUGGCGUUUGGGGCACAGUAUGCAAUAUUGGUCUUGAUCUAGUUGAUGCAACAGUCAUAUGCAGAGCAGCUGGUUUCGGUAAUGCAACCACUAUCUAUUCAUCUACUAUCUAUGGUAGUGGUAAUGGAAAAAUCCUUUUUGACAGCUUAAACUGUAACGGUGAUGAAGCUUCGCCAUUAGAUUGCCUUCGAAAUAUACCUGUCAACGCAACUUGCACACACAGCAUGGAUGCAACCAUUAGAUGCAGUAGUGAGCAUUCAAAAGCCAUUUAA